GUUUCGGAGCAGGGCGCCACCUGAUCAGCUGAUGAGGGGAGGAACGAGGUGGUUCGAGUUGUCAGUUGGGUUUUUCGGUUUUUUAACCGUGAUUCAAGAUGAAUAUAAACAAUAUAACAAUUUCUGCUGUGCGGAAUCGAACUAGCAUCCUCGAUAAAUCAUUGAGUAAAGGAAAGGGGGAAGUCAGUCUCAGUUGUUAUGCUCUGUUGUUUUCUGAACUGGUGCAGUACUGUCAAAAUCGAGUUUACACUGUGCCAGAGCUUCAAAACAAAUUAACUGAAAUAGGAGCAGAAGUUGGACACAGAAUGACAGAUCUCCUCAUAAUGCGAGAGAAGGGCGGAAAGCGAGAGAUAAAACUCCUGAAUGUCCUCUUGUUCAUAAAAAGCACACUAUGGAAAUCGCUAUUCGGUCGUGAGGCCGACAAGCUGGAGCAUGCCAAUGACGAUGAGAGAACUUACUACAUAAUCGAGAAGGAGUCAUUGGUCAACAAAUUCGUUUCUGUGCCUAAGGACAAGGGCAGUCUCAACUGUGCUUCAUUCGUUGCUGGAAUCGUCGAGGCCGUUCUAUGCGACUCUGGCUUUCCAGCGAAGGUAACUGCACACUGGCACAAAGGCACAACAUACAUGGUGAAGCUAGAUGAUUCAGUAAUAGCUAGAGAUAAGCAGCUCGAUGAUCGAUGAUACUAAUCAUUAAAAUUAAUUAAUGUCCCGAAGAUAAUAAAAUUGUACAAAAUUUUGA